AUGGACCAACACGAAUGUGGAGUUACCGUACUAUUCCAUAACUAUUUCAAUGAUGAGUAUAAGAUUCAUGGGGAGAUGGAAGCAAUGGCAAAACCAAUGUCUCAGUUGGGAAAUGGAGAAUGGAAAGUGACAUAUGUCGGUGUAGCUGAACAGGAUUCAUUGAAUCCGAGCUUGAGUUCAAUUCAAAGAUUCGUGGCUCGCAUAGAGAGAAAUCCAGGUUUCUACGUGUCUCUGGUGAUGGUGCCAGCCUAUUUUAUCAACUUGUUAACUAUAAUUGCACUUUUUAUGGAUAUCGAGAAUGUUGGAGAGAAGAUCUCAGUGGGUCUUACCAACAUUAUGGCAAUGACUUUUAUAUUGGUUAUUCUGGCUGCCGACCUUCCGAAAACUGCAAGGAUUCUAUUGUUAGCCAUCUACGUUAUUGUUGGUCUUGUUAUAGUUAUGACGUCCAUUUUCGUAGUCCUGCUCAUCCCAUACUUCCGGAAAAAGUGGACAUCCGGACACACCGAUCCACGGAAAUCGAAAAUCGGAAAGUUCUGGAACAACAUCGAGUACAUUCUGAUGUUAUUUUCCAGCUCGCGAAUUUGA